AUGUGCAUUAAUAAUGCCGCUUAUAAUCAGUUAUUGGUUCACAAAUCGAGAAGUAUCAUGGAAGAAUGUGUCACUGAUAUUCUUUGCAAUGAUGACUGUGUUAUAAUGGUAUGGUCAGGGGAAGUUCAAGAAAACACUAUGCGCAGUUUGCAGACACUUAUUUCUCCACUCGUUCAAAAACUACAAUUUGAAAAUUUAGAAAACUUCACUAGCAGUUCAACUGUCGACAAUCAUCUUCGUGAAUAUGCUUCUGUUGUAUUGUGUGGAUGGCCCAAUCCAUUAAAUGUAAAUGCACUUCCAUUUGAAUUGUUAUCGAAUCUCACAUUUUGUUUGAAACCUGGUGGUCGUCUUGUUGGUCGGGUACUGACUACGGACGUGUGGGAUUCUUUGAGAAAAAACUUGACUCUUUCCGGAUAUAUGGGUCCCCAACAGCUACAUGAUGAAAAAUACCUAAUAUUCAGUGCCUCAGUCCCGUCAGAGUAUACUCGGGGUUCAAGUGUUAAACUUCCAUGGGCUAAUAAUGACGUCGAAUCGGCUUGGGAAGACGUUGACAAAGAAGAUUCUAAUGGUAUCAGUGAGAAUGUCAUAGACACAAAUGCACUGUUGCAGGAAGCAGACUUUGAAGCGCCGGCUGCAUGUGGUAAGGAAGCUGUUACUGACUCAGCGGGUAAAAAGAAACGAGCGUGUAAAAACUGUACAUGUGGUUUGGCUGAGAUUGAAGCACAAGAUGAAGAGAGCGAAGCCCAAAACCCUAAAUCCUCCUGUGGAAAUUGUUAUCUAGGAGAUGCCUUCCGCUGUUCUACAUGUCCGUAUCGUGGACUCCCACCGUUUAAACCAGGAGAGCAGAUAGUCAUACCGGAUGACUUCUUGAAAGCAGAUUUAUGA